AUGGAGCUCUCGCAGGAGCUGUACGAGACCCCCGGCGACAGACUGGAAGCCUUCGUGAGGCGCAGCCUGCAGCCCCAGGGGGGCUGGAAGGACCAGGUGCAGGACGCCUGGCACAGAGUCCAGCAGUUCCCGCAGGAUCAGUGCUUCGAGGACGAGCUGGUUCAGGACCGGGAAGUCAGGGUGCUGCAGGUGGUGAAGGCAAGACGUUCGGGGACUAACGCGGGGCGCGCGCCGUGCGGGCUCGGAAGCGCUCGUGGGGCGGGGCGCUCGCGGCCGGGCCUGACGUCGGGCGCCCUCCGGCCGUCACUCGGCGCCCGGCCCCGCCUCGCCCCGCCGCGCCGAGCCCGGGAGCCGGAGCCGCCGUCGCCGCCGCCGUCGCCGUCGCGCCCGGGACCCGCCGUGCCGCACGCAGCCAUGGCUCUGACCCCCGCAGAGGCCGAGACCCGCCAGAGGCUUCUGCGCACCGUCAAGAAGGAGGUAGGGGCCGGGCCGGGGGCGCGGGCCGCCACCCCCAGGGAGGCCGCAGAGGCGGCCACAGCCACGCCGGGGAAAGAGUGGCCCGGGAGGGUGGCCCCUGGCGGCGGCAGGGUGAAGCAGAUCAUGGAGGAGGCCGUCACACGCAAGUUUGUGCACGAGGACAGCAGCCACAUCGUCUCCUUCUGCGCGGCCGUGGAGGCCUGCGUGCUGCACGGGCUGCGGCGGCGGGCGGCCGGCUUCCUGCGCAGCAACAAGAUCGCGGCGCUGUUCAUGAAGGUGGGCAGGAGCUUCCCGCCGGCUGAGGAGCUGAGCCGCAAGGUGCAGGACCUGGAGCAGCUGAUCGAGAACGCACGAAACCAGAUCCAGGGCCUCCAGGAGAACGUGCGGAAGCUGCCGAAGCUGCCCAACCUGUCCCCGCUGGCCAUCAAGCACCUGUGGAUCCGCACGGCCCUGUUUGAGAAGGUCCUGGACAAAAUUGUGCAUUACCUUGUGGAAAACAGCAGUAAAUACUAUGAGAAGGAAGCUCUCCUGAUGGACCCCGUGGACGGCCCCAUCCUCGCGUCCCUGUUGGUGGGGCCUUGCGCCCUGGAGUACACCAAGAUGAAGACUGCUGACCACUUCUGGACGGACCCCUCGGCCGACGAGCUGGUCCAGCGGCACCGCAUCCACAGCUCGCACCUCCGGCAGGACUCACCCACCAAGCGCCCGGCGCUCUGUAUCCAGAAAAGGCAUUCAAGUGGCAGCAUGGACGACCGGCCGUCCCUGUCUGCCCGCGACUACGUGGAGUCCCUGCACCAGAACUCCCGGGCCACCCUGCUCUAUGGCAAGAACAACGUCUUGGUUCAGCCGAGGGAUGACAUGGAGGCUGUGCCGGGGUACCUGUCCCUCCACCAGACGGCUGACGUCAUGACCUUGAAAUGGACGCCCAACCAGCUGAUGAAUGGGUCUGUGGGGGACCUGGACUAUGAGAAGAGCGUCUACUGGGACUAUGCCAUGACCAUCCGCUUGGAGGAGAUUGUCUACCUGCACUGCCACCAGCAAGUGGACAGCGGCGGGACGGUGGUGUUGGUCAGCCAGGAUGGCAUCCAGAGGCCGCCCUUCCGCUUCCCCAAGGGCGGGCACCUCCUGCAGUUCCUCUCGUGCCUGGAGAACGGGCUGCUCCCCCACGGGCAGCUGGACCCCCCGCUCUGGUCCCAGCGGGGGAAGGGCAAGGUGUUCCCCAAACUGCGCAAGCGAAGCCCUCAGGGCUCUGCUGAGUCCACGUCUUCGGACAAGGAGGACGACGAGGCCACAGACUACGUGUUCAGGAUCAUCUACCCUGGCAUGCAGUCGGAAUUCGUGCCCCAGGAUCUGAUGGAUGUCUCCGUGAACAACCUCCCAUCCCUAUGGCAACCCAGCCCUCGGAAAUCUUCCUGCUCAUCCUGUUCACAGAGUGGCUCUGCUGAUGGUAGCUCAACCAAUGGCUGCAACCAUGAGAGGGCACCCCUGAAACUUCUCUGUGACAAUAUGAAGUACCAGAUCCUUUCUAGAGCCUUCUACGGAUGGCUGGCCUACUGCAGACACCUGUCCACCGUGAGGACGCACCUAUCGGCCUUGGUCAAUCACAUGAUCGUGUCUCCAGACUUGCCCUGCGAUGCUGGACAGGGGCUGACGGUCGGGAUCUGGGAGCAGUACCUGCAGGAUAGCACAAGUUACCAGGAGCAGGAGCUGCUGCGCCUCAUCUACUACGGGGGCAUCCAGCCAGCCAUCCGCAAGGCCGUGUGGCCCUUUCUCCUGGGCCACUACCAGUUCGGGAUGACGGAGACAGAAAGGAAGGAGGUGGACGAGCAGAUUCACGCCUGCUACGCGCAGACCAUGUCCGAGUGGCUGGGCUGCGAGGCCAUCGUGCGGCAGAGGGAGCGGGAGUCCCACGCGGCUGCCCUGGCCAAGUGCUCAUCAGGGGCCAGCCUGGACAGCCACCUGCACCGGAUGAUGCACCGGGACUCCACCAUCAGCAACGAGUCCUCCCAGAGCUGCAGCUCUGGCCGCCAGAACGCCCGCCUGCAGAGCGACUCCAGCAGCAGCACCCAGGUGUUCGAGUCUGUGGACGAGGUGGAGCAGGUGGAGGUGGAAGGCAGGUUGGAGGAGAAACAGCCCAAGAUCCCCAAUGGGAGCCUGGCGAAUGGCACUUGUUCCCCGGACUCUGGUCACCCGUCGUCCCACAACUUCUCCUCUGGCCUCUCGGAGCACUCGGAGCCCAGUCUGAGCACGGAAGACAGCGUCUUGGAUGCCCAGCGGAACAUCCCCCCGGUGCUCCGACCCGGGGACGGCAGCGUGGAUGAUGGGCAGAGCAGCGAAGCCACCACUUCCCGGGACGAGGUCCCUCGAGAGGAGCUGGCUGUGCAGGACAGCCUGGAGAGCGACCUCCUGGCCAAUGAGAGCAUGGACGAGUUCAUGUCCAUCUCUGGCAGCAUGGACGUGACCCUGCCCGAGAAGGACGGCGCCGGGUUGGAGAGCUGGCGGGGCAGCGAGGCCGAGAAGCGCAGCCAGAUGGACAGUGAGGACAACCUCUCCGAAGAGCCUGAGAUGGAAAGUCUCUUCCCCGCCCUGGCCUCUCUGGCCGUGGCCACUUCCGCCAACAGUGAGGCGUCCCCUGUGUCGUCCAGCGGCGUCACCUACUCUCCCGAGCUGCUGGACCUGUACACGGUGAACCUGCACCGCAUCGAGAAGGACGUGCAGAGGUGCGACCGCAACUACUGGUACUUCACGCCCGCCAACCUGGAGAAGCUGCGCAACGUCAUGUGCAGCUACAUCUGGCAGCACAUUGAGAUCGGCUACGUCCAGGGCAUGUGUGACCUUCUGGCCCCACUGCUGGUCGUUCUGGAUGACGAGGCCCUGGCCUUCAGCUGCUUCACGGAGCUGAUGAAGAGGAUGAACCAGAACUUCCCGCACGGAGGCGCCAUGGACACGCACUUCGCCAACAUGAGGUCACUGAUCCAGAUCCUGGACUCAGAGCUGUUCGAGCUGAUGCACCAGAACGGCGACUACACUCACUUCUACUUCUGCUACCGCUGGUUCCUGCUGGACUUCAAGAGAGAACUGGUCUACGAUGACGUCUUCUCAGUCUGGGAGACCAUCUGGGCAGCCAAGCACGUGUCGUCCGCCCACUAUGUGCUGUUCAUCGCGCUGGCCCUGGUGGAAGUCUACCGUGACAUCAUCCUGGAGAACAACAUGGACUUCACAGACAUCAUCAAAUUCUUCAACGAAAUGGCCGAGCGGCACAACACCAAGCAAGUGCUCAAGCUGGCCCGGGACCUCGUGUACAAGGUGCAGACGCUGAUCGAGAACAAGUGAGGGGCACCUGGCCAGGUGGCGUCCGCCGAGCCACCUCCCACCUGCCUGUCCUUCCGUCACUUUCCCUCCCAGCUGAAGGCCGCUCUGGGAGCAGGAGCGGGGCCCUGGUGUGCGUCCGCCAGCAAGGACUCCUGUGCAGAGAGAAACCACCUGGUUGUGGCUGCCGGGUGGGGCCGGGGGUGGCCCCUUCAAGUUCAGCCUUACGUUUUCCUGUUUGACCAAAGAUGGCCGAGUCUGAGGUCUCUCCCAGGUGGGAGUUGGGGGUUCUCGGUGGAUGGGGGAAAACCACUUCGCCCCUGCUCCCCAGAACGGGCUCCUCGUCCCCACCCCCUCCGCCUUUCCCUCCCAGCCCCCGACUUGGCAGAUGACACUUGGGGAGGGAGUCUGUUGGGGACCUGGUCCAGGGGCGACAUCCGGGUCUCCCCAUCUGCUCAGGGGCCUCUGCCACCCCUGCCGAUGUUCUCAAAGGUAGCUGAACCCUUCUUAGGGCAGGGUCUUUGCACCCUGGCGUUAUUGGUGUUUGGGGUCCAGGAAUUUUUUUUGAGGGGGUCUGCUCUCUGCAUUGUGGGAUGUUGAGCAGCACCCCUGGCCUGGCACCCACUGAUGCGAUGCCACUGGCACCCCCAGACAUUGCCACUUGUCCCCACUUGAGAGCCAUGGGCGUAGAGAAGGAGCCACAAGUGGAAGCCCCUCCCCACCUUGUCACCACCACCCGGGGUCCUGAGACCCCGCCCCCUCCCUGAAGACUGCCAGCUUUACUUAGAGUCCUGUUCUCCCAUGUUUCUCUGUCCCCCCAGGCAGGGCAGGGUCCAUAUCGGGCUCCCCUCCCCCGAGGGAGGACCCCACCUCUCCGUCUGCAGACGCCCGCUGGUGAAAGCCAGUGGGAGGGACUUCCUCUAAGUGCCAUUGUUCGCUCAGGACCCAAGGGGGGUGGGCAGGUGGGCCACAAGAGAAGGUGGCGUGCAUUUCCUUCAGGAGAUAUCUGUGGCUGAGCUGGGGCCAGGGCUGUCUUCAUGCACAAGGUCCUCAAUCCACACAUAGACCCCAGAUGAGCUAGGGCACCUGACCACCUGUCUACCCCAUAGAGCCAUCUACCAGCUCUUCCCUUCUGAGGGUGCCCCCGGAAUGGGGGGCCCGGGGAGGAUGGCUGUGCACAGCGGUGCCACCUCCAGGUGGCCCGAGAACAGCAGCUGGGAUUUAUGGAGUGGGGGAGGAGGGUGUGGAAACGCUGGGGAGAGGGGCCCCGUUAGCCCUGCCAGGACAGCGAGUAGUCCUUCCCCUGUGGCUGCACCUGAGGGAGGAGGGUGCUGACCCCAGCUGCGACCCCUCCCCCAGCAGGAGGCGAGGAUGGCGACAAGGCAGCUGCUGUCACAGCCCCAUCCCAGCACCCGCUCCCCCAGUGUCCCCAGGUGGGAGAGGACGUGCACAAGGCCCCCCAGAGAAGAGUUUAUUUUGCCGCUCAGCUGUUCCCCGCUCCAGAGAAUGUUAUUUUUAGCAAACCCCGGGGCCCAGCCCGCCCGGCUGGUGUUUAUUUUUCUAACAGAUUGGUGGCCAGGUCCAGCAGGCCGUCCCCUCUCUGCCUCCUCUCGGGGUGUUCCCGAGGGCGCCCGUGGUCGUGACUGCCGUGAGCCGUGUCGAUGCCGCUGGCUGUGUCACUCAGACCCCUGUCCGUCCCGUGUGUCUCCGUGUCCCGGAUUCGAGUGUGUGGGAGUCUGUCUGUGGAGUGCUCUCUCGUGGUCCGUGUUGCCCACGUGGCUUGUGUUUCUGAAGAGUUGUGUCUAAAUACAGAGAAAAUAUAUAUGA